UUUUUGUAGCUAUUAUUUUUCAAGAAAUAGGGGCCCUUAAGGAGUUGAGGCGUCACCUCUGCCCAUGGUUCUGAACACAUAGAGCACUCCUUACAGAGACUCUGUUCAUCAUUUAUUUGCUAGUGCUGUUAAUUUCAUUUGGUUCAAAUUAUCUUCAUGAGCUACGCCACCUCUUGCAUCCCAGAACUAUAGUCGACAGAAUGAAAGGCAUCAUUGUAAGAGAGAGAACAGAAGUGAGUCAUAGGCUUGGGAAGCUAGAGGAUCUUGGAGUUCUCAUUCAGUGACUGUUACAGGAGAUGGAUGAGUCACAAGCAUUUGGCUGCUUGCCUUUUUUUUCCUUUUGUAAAGUAACACGUACUGCUCUCUCCAGAGAUUCUGAUGUCCCUCCCCAUUUGAUCUCCAGGGGUAGGGUUUAGAUGGCUUCCCCCACGAUGGUCAGUCGUACGUUACUGAGGUUGUGAGGCACUGUCCUCCAUGGAACUGUAUUCGAAUCCUAAGGUUUUGUUUGGGGGAAAAUGUAGUCAAUCAUUUUUUAGCCCAACCUUCUGAGUUACACAUUGAUAUCUGCCUUCAUGGUUGAAAUGAGAGCCUUUAUCUCCAUUCUUAAAAAUAUUUAUUUUUAGAGAGGGGAAGAGAGGGAGAGAAACAUCAUUGAUGGGUUGCCUCCUACAUGCCUCCAGUUGGAGACCUGGCUUGUAGCCCAGGCAUGUGCCCUGACCAGGGAUGGAACCAGUGACUUUUUGGUUUGCAGGCUGGCACUCAGUCCACUGAGCCACUCCAGCCAAAGUGUGGACCUUUAUUAUUCCUCACUUUCUCUACGCUGAUAACCUUCUAGACAGUCACUUGCCAGUAGCUUUCUUAACUAUAAUUGAGUUUAAAUGUGGCCCCAGAAUAACUUUCCUAAAACCAAGCCCUGCACAGGUCCUUUAGCCCCUGCUUACUGCCUUUAAUAAUUUUUUAAAAAUUUGUAUUGUAUAUUUUCCAUUACAAUUUAACCCCCUCAUACACCCCCCCCCCCCCCGUGAUCCAUGUCCAUGAGUCCUUUUUCCUUUUUGCUUUAUCCCUCCACCCAACUCCCAGGGCUGUUAGCUUGCUCUCUAUGAGUCUGUCUCUAUUUUGCUUGUUUAGUUUGUUCAUUGGAUUCUACAUAUAAGUGAAAUCAUAUCGUAUUUAUCUUUCUCUGACUUGCCUAUUUCACAUAGCAUAAUGUUCUCCAGGUCCAUCCAUGCUUUUGCAAAGAGCAAAAUUCUUUUUUUAUAGCCGAGUAGUACUCCAUUGUGUAAAUGUCCCACAGCUGUUUGAUCCCCUCAUCUAUGGGCACUUCGGCUGCUUCUAUAGCUUGGCAAUUGUAAAUAAGCUGCAAUGAACAUCGGGGUGCUCAUGUUCUUUCGAGUUAAUGAUUUCCCUUUGCUUACAGAAUAAAGUUCAAAGUACCAUUUCCUCCACCACUCAGUUUUCCCCUUCGCUCACAAUAUGCUCCAGUGAACCGGGGCACUAGCCAUUCUUCAGUGUCAUCAGCACCGUGAGCACUGAAUGCUAAAAAUUCCCUCUGCUUGAUACACCUUUCCCUCUCUGCCUGCAUGUUAAAAUCCUUCCCAUGCUGUAAAGCUAGCUCACCUGUUCUCUCUCCCACUCUGAAAGAUGAUUUCUAGUUUCUUGGGGUUGCUUUUGAAUUUUUCUUCCUUAAAUUAGCUUUUAAGCUCUUUAAGUGUAAGGACUGUGUCUUCAUUUUUAUCUGCUCACCAUACUUCCCAUUUGCCUUUCGUAUAGUAGGUGCUCAUUAACUGCUUGUUGAAUUCACGGUGAUUGCAGUGAAGAGGGACUAGAACUCAGUUGGUUAUUUUCCUUCUUUUCCUCAUUCUCAUUUAGGUUGUUCCUAGCUACCUGACCUAAGUACUCCUCAUAUGCUUUGUCAUAGUUGCAGAAAAAUCUCAUUUAUUUGCUCCAAAGUCAAUCAGUAUUUGGGAUCAAGAAAGCCAUAGAGAAGACCAAUUUUACUUUGGUAUAUAGACCCUAUGGUCUGGAAAAAAGGAAAAUUGAAUAUUGUGUAGUAUAGUUGCUGAUAAACUUGUCUCCUUGUAAUUAUCAGAACUGGCUAAAGAUUGUACUUGGGCUAUGUUCUAGUUAUUUUCUAGCUAAGAAAAACCAUUUCUGUCAUUGCCUCUCAGCUGUACGUGAAGAAAAUUGUGUAUGGUUUGUGAUUAUAGAACUAAACUCAGGUGCUCUCCAUUAGUUACAUUCUGUGAUGAGAAAGAAAGGAAAAGAGUUACUUUAUUUGAAGGUCCCUUAACCCUGGGUGAUGUGUAGGCUUGUGAUGAUUUUCACAGCAUUUUUUUAAAAGAGAAAUCUGGCCUCAUUUUUUAGGGAGUUUUUAAAAUUUUUAUUUUUGAGUUGCAGUUGACAUGCAAUAUUGUAUUAGUUUCAGGUGUGUGCCCCUGUAAUUGGACACAUGUAACUUACAAGUGGUCACCCUGAUAAAUCUAGUACCCAUCUGACACCAUGUGGUUACUACAGCAUUAUUAACUAUGUUCCCUACACUGUACUUUCCACCCCCACGACUGUUCCGUAACUACCAGUUUGUACUUCUUAAUCUCUUUGCCUUUUCCGCUCACUUUCCUUCACCCCCAUCUAACCACUGUCAGAAAGUUCUGUGUAAGAAUCUUUCUGUUCUGCUUGUUUCCUUAUUUUGUUUUUAAAAUUCUACAUACAGGUUUUGCGCAGCAAUUUUAUGGUUUGGAAUUACUUCAGAAAUUUGCAACACUUGUAAUUUUUGGUCCCCCUUUGAAAGCUAUCAAGAUACAGAGAUGGUAUCUUUUUUAAAAAGCUCUGGCAAACAGGAGUUGCUCACAUCUGAGCCAGCAGUGAAGUAGUGGUCCACUGUGACCUCAUGUUUUGCCCGACCCAUCUUGGGUUUUUAAAAGUUUGCUUUUUAAUAUUAAGUGUGCUCUGCCACUAAACCUGUAAUAGGAAAGAAAUGUUGAAGCAUUUUCUGUGAACGUUUUAUCUGGCUGCAUAAAAGCCAGAUAGAGCCACUAGAGGGCGUGCUCCUCUCAGCAACUAACACACCUAGGAAAUACUGCUCACUCUCUCGGAAGAUGGGGAGAAUUUAAAAAGAAAGACGAGUGAAGACUGCCAGGGGACACUGCAGUCUAAACAUGCAUUCCAAUCCAGACUUUGUUGGGAAUGUGGAAAAAGAUGUUUGGAGAGAGAGAAGCAUUGAUGUGAGAAGCAUAGACUGGUUGCCUUCUCAUACACACGCACCUGGACAGGGUUCAAACCCAAACCUGAGUAUGUGACCCAACCAGGAAUCAAACCUACAACCCUUUGGUCUACAGGAUGACACUUCCACCAACUGAACCAUGCUGGCCAGGUGAAUAGAAGCAGAUUUCUUACUGUCACAGAAGGGAGUUAGAAAUGCGGAAAAAGAGCAAACCAGAACUCUUAGUGCUGGAUUAGAAUUAGAGGGAUUAGCGUGAAGUCAUAUUUUCAAUGUUUAGAUAUAGAAAUAAAUACAGAGGUAAGUGUGUGUGUGUGUGUGUGUGUGUGUGUGUGUUAUUGAAGGGGGAUGAGUUAAGUGGGAGAGAUGAAAAGAAAGGAUUACUUGGGGGGAGCUGAAUGAACUGUGAGCAGGGAGCCAGUAUGGGACAAGAUUUCACAUGGAGGAUUCAAUUUUCAGAAUGUUUGUUUCUUGACCUUUGGAAAAAAAUUAUAUUUAGCACCCAGUUUAUCUUCUUUUAAAUUGUGAUUUCAUUAAAUUAUCUUAACUGUUAGAAAAUAGUUAUAUAUAACUGUAUAGCCUUUCAUUGUGCUGUUGUGGCAAUUAAGGAGAUAGAGAAGGAUGCAGUAGAGGAGGGUGGCCUACUCCGCCGACAUCCAAUAGAGCAGCCUUCAGAAGUUGCUGGAGCUGAUGGUAGCAAAAUGAUUAGAGAUUCAUAACGAAGCUAGUUAAGAACAACGGGGAAAAUCAGAGAGCGCUGAGAAGAAGGUUCGGAAGGCAUAUGAUCUGUGUGUAUGGGACAACUGUAAUAGAAUAGCAAUAAAAAUGAUUAAGAAAGAAGACACUUGAUCUAAAGUUUCACUUCCCUCAUACAUUAGAGGAUGCUAACUCUUAAAAGUGGGAAGCUGACUUGAAUUUUUCAGCCACAAAUGGAGAGGCAAAUGUAGCUUAAGUGAGUAUAAGCCAAGGUUGGUUGGUGUACAAACAAUUAUGUUUGCAUGUAGAUGCAAACAUACAUUUUACUCUCGCUGGCGAGUUCAGAUAGCACAGUUCUCAGGAAAGAUUUUUCUGUUUCUCUUUGCUAUGCCUUCCUAUUUCCCAUACCCUUUGAGUUCCUACUUUCAUUAUCUUUGCUAGCACAGGUUUAAGGGAUGUUGUUUUAACUGUGCUGACCCUGGAGGACAGGCCUCUGUCUUGAGGUUUUUUGUUCUCCUGAGGUGCUUUUCAGGGCUAUUUGCAUAACUGGGGCCUCUGUUCUCAUCCAGUUGCCUAAUAGGAAGUAGAAAAAGUUGCUGUAGUGUUUGGUUUCAUUUAAAAGUGUUUUAAAGAGGAGAUGGAAAUGGUUUUUUGAGAAGAGCAGAAGGUCUCGUCUAAUAUGGCUUCAGAGAUCACUUACGCUGAAGUGAGGUUCAACAAUGAAUCCAGGUCCUUAGGCACCAAAUCAGAGCCUCCUACAGUACGCCAUCCAAGAAAAGAGAAGAGGAAGAAAAGGAGAAAGACUCCCAAAGAGAAGACCAGCCCUCACAAAAGUAACCCUGGUUUUCCCAAGGUACUCUUCUCCUCAUUGGUGAUACUUCUGUUGUUAUUGGCAGUCUCAUUUUUUAUUGCUUUCAUCAUUUUUUUUCAAAAAUAUGCUCAGCUUCUUAAAGAAAAGGAGACUACAAAAGAAUUUAUCCACACAAAAUUGGAAUGUAUAAGAGAAAAUUUAACCAUGGCAGGGAAAUACUGGAGCUGUUGUCCAAAGAACUGGAAGUCAUUUAGGUCUAAUUGCUACUUUAUUUCUACUGAAAGCAAAAAUUGGACGGAAAGUGAAAAGAACUGCGUAGGAAUGAAGGCUCACCUGCUGGUGAUCAACACCAAGGAAGAGCAGGAUUUUAUCAUUCAGAACCUGAAUAAAAACUUUGCUUAUUAUGUGGGGCUGUCAGACCCAGAGGGGAAAAGAGCCUGGCAAUGGGUUGAUGGGACACCGUACAAUGGAAGUGCCAGAUUCUGGCAUCGAGGUGAACCCAGUAAUUCCAAUGAGCGUUGUGUUAUACUGAAUGCUCCUCAUCAAAACUGGGGCUGGAAUGAUGUCCCUUGUGUUGGCCAUCACUCGUCAAUUUGCAAGAUGGUGCAGAUACACUUAUGAAUGGGACACUCUCCACGAACAUGUGGUUGAACUGAUAUCCACCAUUGAGGGGGUAGUUCAUUUGCUUUUUAAAAUUCAUGUGGUUCUAAGUGAUUCCAGUAGGUUGUCACCUAUUCAGCUUAUGUAAAAUCAGUGUACAUAUUCUUUCAUUUAUUCCUUCAUACAAUGAAUACUGACUGAGCAUUUUCCAUGGGCAGACAGUGUACUGGCAAGCCUAUCUGCAGGUAAAUAAAGAGAGCAUGAGCCUCCUCUCCUGAUUUUUGUCUAAUUGCUAAGGGGUUAGAUGCUGAUGUAGUAAUAUGAUGUGGUUCUUCCAUCAAUCUGGAUUUAUCUCUUUAUAGGUUGGCCAAAAGCAAAAUAAUACCAACCAUUACAUUUCACUUCCCUCAAAGAGAUUCAUUAUUUUCACCCAAAGCGUAUUAUUUAUCAGCUGGAAUAUACGUAUGUCAGUGGACAGUAAAUCCCAGCUUUGGCCCAGUUAACAUUCUCUGGUCUUGGACUGUCCUCAGUAUCAGAGCACAGGCAUAGGAGUAUCAGCAAUUGAGCAUCAGAUAUUUAGAAUCAGAGAAUUAAAAGGCAUUGCUGAUGUAAAAAGAAUAUAAAUGCAGCCUCUCUAAAAUGGAGUCAGAGCUGCCAUCCCAAAGCUUUGGAAUGUUAAAACUUGGCACAGUAACCUUUGGAGUGAACCUAAAGCAGCAUUAUAUCCCAAACCCUUGGUAAAGACAAUAAUAACAAUAACAAUAACAAAAGUUAUCACAGCUUCCUGACUGAAAAUGAGACACCUUCUUUAGAGUUAGUGUUAUUAUGUAGUCUAUCUUUCCCUCUAGAAAUCCCUAUAUCUCUUUAUAUAAUUGUUCCUCUUACCUUUCUCAAAUACCCCUUACUCUCAACUCCUACUUGGGACAUUAAGUUUCUGUCUGAAUCAGCACUUCCAGAAUAGCUUUUGGAUCUUAAAAAAAUGCUUGUUGACUGUUACUUUGGUCUUUUAUUUUUAGGUUAACACUGGUAGUAGACAUAGAUUUAAUUUCAUCAGAUAUUCUGAUACAUUUUUUCUUUAAGCAUUAUAAUUUCUAUGUAUGGAUUGCUACUGAACAUGGCCCCUGGCAUAUUUACAUUUCCCCUUUUACUACAGUUCAUAUAUAUAAUUUUCUUUCCACAACAAUAUAAAAUAUAUGAUAUUUAUAACAAAGUCUAUAUUCAUUGCUUUAGUACAGUAGUUGCAAUAGAUUAUGAUAAAGCUGAUUUUUACCUUGACUAUCCCACUAUGGCCUAAAAUUAUACCUUGACUUUCUUGAUUUAACUGAUUAUAUUUACCAUCAUCUCCUGACUAUAUCUAAAGUUAAGUUAUCUUUAUGCUGGUCUGAUUUUAUACAUUAUAUGUAGAAUUUACCACUUUACUUCCAGAUCACAAUUUUGGAAAAAUUGGGGGGAAACUUUAUUUACAAUGAGUUUCCUCAUAAUUAUUUCAAUAAUAUGGGGACAGAAUGAAGGGAGGGCAGAAAGAACCACUUUACCUAAUACCUUCGAUGAUCAGAAUAGAAGGUGUGUUUGAACAGGAGUGAAAUGGAUAAUGAUAAUAUUGUUCAGUGCUGGAACUUUUCUCCUUCCUCCAAUACACAUUGCAUGAAUGUGGUUCAAAGCCUAUUUCUUUAAAUUUUCCUAGAAACUAUUAAGUCAACAUUGUGUUUAAUAGCUUUUCUGUAAAAUUUGUGUUAAAAAGUGACAUUUAAAUGAAGAAGCAUCUAGUUGAGUCCCAGAAAAUGGAUAGAAUUGUGAAACAUAACACAAGUAUUUAUAGCCACUAAGCUGUGGGGUAACUUGUUAUUCAGCAAUAUGUAACUGAGACAACUUUAAAUUAUGUUAUACAGUUUUGAACCAAGAUUCUGCAAAAUAAUGAAACAUCUCAAUCACAUUGCUGCCUCU